AUGAGUCGUUUCGCUAUUCCAAGAUUCAGAGGUAUACAUAAUCUAAGUUUAUUGAUAGUGCUAGUAUGGCUCUUGACUUUUACAUACCAUGAACGUUAUGUUCCGUACAAAUCGGCAAAGUCUUGUCUCUGGCCGGAUUUACCAGAGCAACAUGAUAGCGGCAGAACCGACGUAUUAUUUAUUGCAGACCCACAACUUAUAGAUAGACAUACAUAUCCUAAGAGAAAUGAAAUUUUACUAAAAUUAUCCCAGCAUACAGUUGACGUUUAUAUCCAUAAAAAUUAUAAUUCUAUCAUGAACAAUCUCAAGCCUGAUUACGUAUUUUUUUUGGGUGACUACUUGGACAAUGGUAGAUCUUCUACAGAUGAAUAUUUCUAUAACCAAUUGGAACGAUUUAAUAAAAUUUUUCUGAGAAAUGACUAUACGAUUAAUGAAAACUUUUUUGUCAAUGUGGCAGGAAACCACGACAUAGGAUGGGCUGACGGGGUCAAAUUGAAGGCUAAGGCUAGAUUCAUGGAAACAUUCGGAAAUCCCAAUGCAAUAGUUAAUAUCAAUGAUGUUGAUUUCGUAACUCUUGAUUCGAUAUCGCUCUCGUCAUCUGUAAAUAACAUUCGUAAGGAAUCACGACAAUUUUUAGACGAAAAUUUUGCCGACGCCGAUAGCAAAAGAGAUAAGCCAAGAGUGUUACUAACACAUGUUCCAUUAUACAGAGAUGUCGAAGUUAAUAAAUGUGGACCUUUGAGAGAGAAUCCAGUUUUCCACUUGGGUGGUGGCUAUCAGUAUAAGCUGGCUUUGGAUCAAGAUAUAUCGCUGGAAAUUUUAAAAAGAAUCAAACCAAAUAUCAUCUUUUCUGGCGACGAUCACGAUUACUGUGAUAUAAACCAUACUGAAGUCAUAAAUGACCCUGUAACUAGAGAGAUCACUGUCAAAUCAAUCAGUAUGGCGAUGGGAAUUAAAUACCCUGGCAUCCAAUUAUUGUCUUUUGUGAAUAGGGAUCCUGAAAAUGAGUAUGCUCCCGAGUUUAGCUAUGACACCAAGUUAUGUUAUUUACCUUCUCCCUAUGCAUGUAUUGCAACUUAUGUUCCUCUUGCGAUAUUGUCGGGACUUUUGGUUCUCUGGUGGAACAUCAAGCAUAGAUCUUCUCGCUAUAAUUAUUCGGUCUUACCAAUACAAUCAGGCGCAUCUACAAAUGCUACAAAGAUCUCCAAUUUUUUGAAAGAACAAGAAGAAGGAACCUCAUAUUCUACUUCUAUCCCGAAAUACACAUCGACUUCGCUCGCAGCUUCUGAGGGUUAUUCCUUUAAGGACAGUUUGAAAUUUAAAAUCUCGAAUUUUAUUAAAAAAUGGAACAUACAUGGCUUUUUUAAACAGAUUAUACUACUAGCCGUCCUUGUUAUACUGUUGUAUUAUAUAGGAUUUUGUUUAACUCUAUAG